AGCAGCCGCUGUCUGCUACCACCAGUUUACCCUUGUUUCAUCAGACAACAGUAGAGUUGUAGUUGCACUGAACGCAACUUCCCGUAAAAGCAAAAAGCUGGCCGGAAAACGAGAAUCUCGCCGGAAAAUUCAUGCUAAGUCGUUCGUCGGAAGCCAGAAACAUCUAGAAACUCGUCCAGAGAUAGAGUAGCUUAAAUUUCGAAUGGGUUAUAUUCAGUAUGGUAGACACAUUGGUAAGAUAUUGAGAUUUACAAGUGUAAGCAAUGUGGUUAGAAACUCCGCGAGAUCGCAGUUGGGGUGUGAAAGUACUGCAUUACCCUCCUGUUCUCGUUUUCAUGGCAAGAGUCUCUAUUCCACUACUUCUGGUCCCAGAACUACUUCUGAUGCCAGAACAGUGCAGGACCUUCUUGCUCAGGUGGAGAGGGAUAGGCAGAGAGAGAAGAAUGAGAGAAUAAGGGCUGGUUUAGACACUGCUGACAUUGAUGCCGAGACUGAGGAGGAUUACAUGGGUAUAAGUUCUCUAAUUGAAAAGCUUGAAAAGGAGAAGCUUAAGGAAACCACUGAGUUGAACCGAUAUGAAGAACCAACUGAUUCUGAUAGUGAUGAAGAAGAUGCUGAUGCUUAUCAGAAAAGGGUUGAUGAUUUUGAUAAGAAGUGCAAGAGGCAUGAAGAGAUGCUUCAGAAUUUUACUGAUGCUGACACGCUCGAUGAUGCUUUUAAAUGGAUGCAAAAAAUUGAUAAGUUCGAGGAUAGGCAUUUUAAGCUGCGUAUUGAAUAUAGGGUUAUUGGGGAACUCAUGAAUCGCCUCAAAGUAGCUACAGAGCAAAAGGAUAGGUUCAUUUUGCAGAACAAGCUUAACAGGGCUUUGAGAUUGGUGCAACGAAAGGAAGCUUAUGAUCCUGAUAACCCUGCCAAUUACGGUAUCAUUCAACAUGAACAGGUGGGGCCUAAUGUUGAUACUUUGCAACAAUCUGGCUUUGAAAAGGAGAAUAAACCUGCACAAGGAGAUGAAGAUGCUGCCGCUGCUGACAAUGACGACGAUGAAGAAGAGUUUGAUGACAUGAAAGAAAAAGACAACAUAAUAUUGGCCAAACUUGAUGUUAUUGACAAGAAACUUGAAGAGAAGCUAGCCGAACUUGAGUAUACAUUUGGAAGGAAGGGUAAAGCUCUAGAGGAAGAAAUCAGAGAUCUUGCAGAGGAGAGAAACGAGUUAACUGAGAAGAAAAGAAGACCUCUUUUCCGAAAGGGUUUUGAUGUAAAAUUGAUAGAUGUGAACCGAACAUGUAAAGUCACAAAGGGUGGACAAGUUGUUAAGUACACUGCUAUGUUAGCAUGUGGCAACUAUAAUGGUGUUGUUGGUUUUGCGAAAGCCAAAGGCCCUGCAGUGCCAGUUGCCCUCCAAAAGGCAUAUGAGAAAUGCUUUCAAAAUUUGCAUUAUGUAGAGCGACAUGAGGAACACACAAUUGCGCAUGCAGUACAAACAUCUUAUAAAAAGACCAAGGUUUAUCUCUGGCCUGCUUCCACGGCAACUGGCAUGAAAGCCGGCAGAAUAGUCCAAACCAUAUUGCAUUUAGCUGGUUUUAAGAAUGUCAAGUCGAAGGUUGUUGGUUCCAGAAAUCCUCAUAAUACAGUUAAGGCUGUUUUCAAAGCACUUAAUGCGAUUGAAACUCCAAGGGAUGUCCAAGAGAAGAUUGGCGCAACUGUAGUUCAGACGUAUUUGCUGUGAUGGACAUGAUGAUGUGCCGAGUUUAGUGCUUCUGGUUGUUUUCCAUUGAAUAUAUUUUUGUCUUUUUCAUGUCUACUUGCCAAAAAGAGUUGGUAGCAGUUUCUUAAAUGCAUUUACUUGUGAAACAUUAGGUAUGGAAUUUUGCCUGAACUGUACUUUUCAUUCACUAACGCAGAAAGAAGAAAUAAUUUAGGAACGUUCUCUUUGCUUUAUGUUUGAUCAAAUAAAGGUCAGUUUGUUUCAA